GAAGAUGACUGCAAUCAAGCAUGCAUUACAGAGGGAUAUCUUCACUCCCAAUGAUGAACGCUUGUUGAGCAUUGUCAACGUGUGCAAAGCAGGCAAAAAGAAGAGAAAUUGCUUUUUGUGUGCCACAGUGACAACAGAACGACCAGUGCAAGUAAAUGUGGUAAAAGUGAAAAAAUCUGACAAGGGAGAUUUCUACAAAAGGCAGACUGCAUGGGCACUUCGAGACCUUGCUGUUGUUGAUGCCAAAGAUGCUAUUAAAGAGAAUCCUGAAUUUGACUUGCAUUUUGAUAAAGUGUACAAAUGGGUUGCAAGCAGCUCAGUGGAAAAGAACACCUUCAUUUCAUGUAUCUGGAAACUCAAUCAGAGAUACCUUAGAAAGAAAAUUGACUUUAUUAAUGUUAGUUCACAGCUGUUGGAAGAAUCUGUUCCAAGUGGAGAGAAUCAAAGUGUAGCAGGAGGUGAUGAAGAAGCUGUGGAUGAAUACCAGGAGUUAAAUGCAAGAGAGGAACAGGAUAUUGAAAUAAUGAUGGAAGGGUGUGAAUAUGCAAUUUCUAAUGCUGAAGCCUUUGCAGAGAAGUUGUCGAGGGAACUGCAAGUGCUGGAUGGGGCAAAUAUCCAGUCCAUUAUGGCCUCGGAGAAACAGGUGAAUAUCUUGAUGAAGUUGCUGGAUGAAGCUCUAAAGGAAGUUGACCAAAUUGAGCUAAAGCUGAGCAGUUAUGAAGAAAUGCUUCAGAGUGUAAAAGAGCAAAUGGAUCAAAUUUCAGAAAGCAACCACCUAAUUCAUCUCAGCAACACAAAUAAUGUGAAACUACUGUCAGAGAUAGAGUUCUUAGUGAAUCACAUGGAUUUGGCUAAAGGCCAUAUAAAGGCCCUUCAGGAGGGAGAUCUGACAUCUUCUCGAGGCAUUGAGGCCUGCACUAAUGCAGCAGAUGCUCUUCUGCAGUGUAUGAAUGUAGCUCUUCGUCCAGGACAUGAUAUGCUCCAUGCAGUGAAGCAGCAGCAGCAGCGCUUUAGUGACUUGCGUGAGCAGUUUGCACGGAGACUUCUAAAUCAUAUGUUGUUCCUGCAAUAUGAUGGUCACGAUCAGAGUUCCACUCUUGCCCAGCACUCUGUUGAAUUGACGUUACCAAAUCACCAUCCAUUUCACAGAGAUUUACUUCGAUAUGCUAAACUUAUGGAGUGGCUCAAGAAUACAGAUUAUGGAAAAUAUGAAGGCCUAACAAAGAAUUAUAUGGAUUAUUUGUCACGACUGUAUGAAAGGGAAAUAAAAGAUUUCUUUGAAGUUGCCAAGAUCAAGAUGACUGGCACAACCAGAGAAGGAAAAAAGUUUGCUACACUGCCUCGAAAAGAAAGUGCUGUCAAACAGGAAACUGAGAGUCUUCAUGGAAGUUCUGGAAAAUUGACUGGGUCUACUUCUAGUCUAAAUAAACUCUCUGUUCAGAGUUCAGGAAAUCGUAGGUCUCAGUCAUCCUCACUGUUAGACAUGGGAAACAUGUCUGCCUCUGACCUUGAUGUGGCUGACAGAACAAAAUUUGAUAAGAUUUUUGAGCAAGUACUAAGUGAACUAGAACCACUGUGUCUGGCAGAACAGGACUUUAUUAGCAAGUUUUUCAAACUGCAGCAACAUCAGAGCAUCUCUGGAACAACAACGAAUGAAGUGGAGGAAAUGGAUGGAGUAUCUUUAUCUCGUUCCUACACUUCUGGUGUUCCACAAACAAUAUCAUCUGAGAAGGACAUGAUCCGACAAAUGAUGACAAAAAUAUUUCGUUGUAUUGAACCUGAGCUGAAUAACCUUAUUGCACUGGGGGACAAGAUUGAUAGCUUUAAUUCCCUUUAUAUGUUAGUUAAGAUGAGUCAUCAUGUAUGGACAGCACAAAAUGUGGACCCAGCAUCCUUUCUCAGCACAACACUUGGAAAUGUUUUGGUCACUGUCAAAAGGAACUUUGAUAAGUGCAUAAGUAAUCAAAUGAAGCAGAUGGAUGAAGUAAAAAUCUCAAAAAAGAGUAAAGUUGGGAUCCUUCCAUUUGUUGCUGAAUUUGAAGAGUUUGCAGCCCUUGCUGAAUCAAUUUUCAAAAACGCAGAACGACGAGGAGAUCUAGAUAAAGCCUACAUAAAACUUAUUAGAGCUGUUUUUAUCAGUGUGGAGAAGGUAGCUAAUGAAAGCCAGAAAACACCCAGAGAUGUGGUCAUGAUGGAGAACUUCCAUCAUAUAUUUGCAACACUUUCUCGCUUGAAAAUUUCUUGUCUGGAGGCUGAGAAAAAAGAAGCCAAACAGAAAUACACUGAUCAUCUUCAGUCUUAUGUAAUCUAUUCACUCGGACAGCCUCUUGAGAAAUUAAAUCAUUUUUUUGAAGGUGUGGAAGCUCGUGUGGCUCAAGGCAUACGAGAGGAGGAAGUAAGCUAUCAGCUGGCUUUUAAUAAACAGGAGCUUCGGAAAGUUAUAAAGGAAUAUCCUGGUAAGGAAGUGAAGAAGGGAUUGGAUAAUCUCUACAAGAAGGUAGAUAAACAUCUCUGUGAAGAAGAAAACUUACUUCAGGUUGUGUGGCAUUCCAUGCAAGACGAGUUUAUACGACAGUACAAGCACUUUGAAGGGCUGAUAGCUCGCUGCUAUCCUGGAUCAGGAAUUACCAUGGAAUUCACUAUACAGGAUAUUUUAGACUAUUGCUCCAGUAUUGCACAGUCUCAUUAAGUUCCAGAAAGGGAAAAAGAAGCUAGCAGCUGCGUGCCUGUGAAUAAGGGAAUCAAACACUAUAAAUUCUGUUUGUUUUUAGAAGGUGGAUUUCCCCAUGUAUGUGUAGCUGUCUGCAAUGUAUGUCAAGUUACAGUCCUGCUUCAAAUGCCUUUCAGGGUAAAAUGAAACCUUCAGGGAUUUGUUGUGCUU